AUGGCCAUGUGGAGAGGAGACAGAAACAGCCUCUCACCUUUGGGACACAGGAGUGACCAGGGAUGGGAUGCUGGCCUGGGCCGUAGAUCCUUCCGAAACACUCCUAGACCCUCAAGCCCCCUCACAUUCUUGGAUCAUGACUUUUGGGACAACAGGUCUCUUUUUAAAGAUCAGAAAUCUUUGACAUGGAGUUCUAUAGGGUUAUCUGGAUCAAACCGCCGCUCAAAAAUGAGCACCAGCUCUCUCGACAGUCAUUACAGACAGAAACAAGGUGGCGGUUUGGACAUCGAGAGAUGGUCUUCCGCAUCUCGUCGAGAUGGUGCUCCACGACCACAGUGUUCAACAGAGGAGUUUGAGCUCAAAGCUGCACUGGAGGAAAGCAGCGUGAGAAGAGCAGAGCUCGUCCGGAGUCUCCGAGAGGCCAAAAGUCAUCUGGACGCUCAGACAGACCUUCUUAAAACCAGAGACACACAGCUUCAACAAAACCACAGCAUCUCACAGUUGAUGGAAUUAAAGCACAAGCAGCUGUCUGAAGCAGUGAGUGUUCUUGAACAAGACAAGGAAGCAGCAGAGCAGAGCCACUUUAAGGAGAGCCGCCGUCGAGCAGAAUUACAGGACAAGGUUCUGCAGCUAGAGCUGGACAUUUUGAAGAUGAGGUCCAACCUUGAAAGAAGGAAUCCACCCGCAUCACCAAACCCAAUAAACCCACUCAUCAACACUUUACCUGUUACAAAAGAUGAAAUCCUCAGAGAGGGACAAAAGCAGACUGAGAAGGAGACGACGAAGCUCAGAGAAGCUCUCAGAAGGGCUGAGGAGAGAGUGGAUGACCUUGAUUAUGAGAAAAAUGAUGCGCUGAGACAGCUCCAGUCUUAUAAAGAGAACCAACAAGAGGCCAUGAACCAAACAGAGGAGCUGAACCGAAGACUGAACCGCUUUGUACAGACCCAGACUGAGCUAGAAGAUCAGCUGAAAGAGUCCAAGAGUCGCCUGGAACAAAUGGAGCUGGAAAGAGACCUGCUGUCCACUAAGACACAGAGACUGGAAGACAGUCAGAAUGAUCUAAAGACCAAACUAUCCGGAGCUUUAAUGGAUAAGGACCGGCUUAUCCAGGAGAAAACUGAGCUGCAUCAGAGGGUUCAGGCUUUGGAGCUGCAGUUACAGAGGGAACAAAGAGGAAAGCAAAGCUUCAAUGAGCAGGUGUGUGAGCUCCAUACUGAACUGUCGCAAGCUAAGAACCAGGCCAGCAAACAGAAAAAAGACACGAUACACACGAAGGAGGAGCUGCUUUCUGUGAGAGAGCUGAACGAAAAGCUUUCGUAUGAUCUGACCAGAGCUACAGAGAGGCUACAAGUGACCUUAAAGCAGCUACAUGAACUGGAAGCGAACAAACUGAUCCAAACCAAUCAGAUUGCAGCACUGGAGACUGAGCGCUUAAAGCUGAUUGGAGAAAACGAGGAACUGAGGAAAAAUGUCAAUAAUGGAUUUCAAGAUGAGAUUAGAGAGCUGAAGGACAAAUGCUGCCAACAAAGGGAAUUGCUGGACAAUCUAAAGCUGGAGAAUCAGAAUCUUCAGGUAAAAUGUCAAGACCUGGAGAAAAAAGUGCAAACCGUGGAGGCGGAGUACAACCUUAAGGAGGAGGGGCUACAGUAUGCAGGGGCGGGGUUUGAGCAGGAGAAGGAGGAGUUAAGGAAAGUUGCCGCUCACUGGAAUGAGAGGUGGCUGGAUGUGUCCAUGACGUUAUGCACGACGCAGGCCCAACUUGAAGGGGUCAAGAAACAACAGCAAGAGAACGAUGAAGUGUCGUCUGAAGACGUUGAUGGAGAGUUGGCGCAGAUGAAGGAGGAGUUGAGGAAGGUGUCGGACAUGUUGAAGAUCAGAGACACCGAGCUGGUGGAGCGGCAGCGGGACCUGCAGUCUGCUUGCAGUCAGGUCUCACAGCAGAGCAGCGAGGUUAAGAGACUGAAGCAGCUACUGGCAGAGAGAGAUGAGAAACUAAGAGAAAAAGACCAAGAUCUGAACAAUCUGGAGAUACAGAGAGAGAAAGCAGAAGAUCAGAUCAAGCUAUCGGCUCUUGAACAGGAGCUUCGUAGAGAUAAAGAUCUGCCCUCAGAAGAGGAAGUGGUCAGCAAUGACAACACUCACGAGGACGUUGAAUCCCUGAGAGCUCUGUUAGAAGAAUAUAGCUGGACAGCAGAAGAGCUGAAGCAGGAGAGAGAUCAUGCUAUACAACAACUGCAUGACCUUGAAUCGUCCCAGCAGUUUAAAGCAGAAAAAGAGCCUUCACCAGAAGCCAAAAAACCUUCAGGUUUAGAUCCUAAUGAACAGAGGAGGCUGGUUACAGAACAGCUGAAAAGUCUGUUCAGAGAGAGAGAGCAGCGUGGAGAGAGGGCCACAGCAGCUGCGCUUAAACGUGUAGAGGAGCAAGAUCUCAAGCAGGGGGCAGCAAAGGAAUCUUCAUCCAAAAAAAGUCUUCUUCCCAGGGGACCAAAGGUUUCUGAAAGAACAGAGCACACACAGAAGCCCAGCAGUAAGAAUGCACAGGCAAACACAGUAAUAUCUCCUCACCACAUUCAGAUGGUGAAAGCGAGAUCUCAGCCUAGUGAUGACAUGACAUUGAUCGCACGCUUACAAAACUUGAAGAAAGGAAAGGUCCGUCAGAAAAACUCUCCCUUGGGCUGCAGGGAUGGAACAUUCUAUGCCAGACAGGUCGAGGUUUGUGACUCAUCACAUGUGGAAGAGUCCAGUCGAGGAGGGGUGAGGGAAAACACGCCUCUGAAGGAGUAA